AUGCAACAGCGACGAGAUGAAAUUCUAGCGAAGAAGGCCAAGCUCGCCGAGCUCAAGCGACAGAGAGAGCUUCGCGCAAGCCAGGCGACGGCGAGCCGGCAAAGCACGGGCAGCCCAGGCGACCUUGUAUCGCCCAUUCCAGGCCGAGCCGAGAACCGCCGCGAUAUCGAGACCUUGAUCAACAGCUUAGUAGGAGAAAGUCGACCGGGAUCCACGAAUGGGGGAGCUGCAUCGCCGGCUCGUAGGGGCAGCCGACCGAACAGCGUUCUAAGCGCGGGAGAGUUGAGCACCGCAACCUCUGAGUUCGCAACCACCGCCAACGGCCAACCAACACCGGCUCCAGUUGCCGUAGCACCACCCGUACAGCUGAGUCUGACGACUGCACCGCUUACCACGAUAUACGAGUGCCCGCCCUCUCCUGUGAAGGAGGUCCACUCAUACAGCAAGGGAGUGCAAACGGCCGAGGCAUGGACAUCGCCGACUCGACCCCGAGCCCAGUCGCUCUCCGACAACGAGGACAUCCCCCCAAUCACAUCAACACCCAGCAAGAGGCUGAGCAGGAGACAGCGUGAUCGUGAGGAAGAGUUGCGACAGGACAUCAGAAAGGAAGUGGAGGAAGAGUUGAAGGCCUCACUGGACUUGCUCAAGGAUGGUGUCAUUCCGAACGACGCCUCCAACAAAAAUUACCCCAUGCGCAAGCUCACCGCCGAAGAGCUCGAAGCCGUCACAGGCGCGCCUGACUUUGCCGAUUUUCUUGAGAAGUCUACCAAGGUCAUCGAGCGAGCGCUCGACCAGGAGUACGACAUUCUCACCGACUACGCCCUUCAAGGACAAGACGUUGACGACGAGGACGACGAGAGCGGCAACUUUGGUGGCAAGGGCCGCCGGAGAGUGAAGGAAGUGGCACAAUUUUUUGACGAAAGGUGGUCGAAGAAGCGCAUGAUCAGCAGCAUCGACUUCUCACAUCAUCAUUCGGAACUGAUGCUCGCAUCAUACACCAAGAAUCCAACUGCACCCCAUGAGCCAGACGGACUUGUCCAAGUAUGGAGCUUGGCUCUGCGCGACAGACCAGAAUAUGUUUUUCAUGCCCAGUCCGAUGUUCUCACGGCCAAAUUCUCGCCGUACCACCAAAACCUAAUUAUCGGCGGCACUUACAGUGGCCAGGUCCUACUGUGGGAUAUGAGAGCAAAAUCAGCACCUGUGCAGAAGACGCCUCUUACUGGGUACGGACACACGCAUCCUAUCUACUCGGUCGAUAUCGUUGGUACGCAGAACGCAAACAACAUCAUUUCAACCUCAACGGACGGCGUGGUUUGUGGCUGGAGCAUGGACGUAUUUGCUCAGCCGCAGGAGCUGCUCGAACUCAAAGCACCGCCUGGAUACAAGUUGGACGACGUCAGCCCGACCUGCUUGGCAUUCCCGCAAACCGACCCAACCUUCUUUCUCGUCGGUAGCGAGGAAGGCACAAUAUUUCCCUGUCACAGAUACGACCGAGCGGGUGCCAAGGCGGGCGUUGAUGCGCGGGUCAGCUACAAGGGCCACACGGCACCUGUCAUGUCUGUGGACUUCCACCCUGCGCGCGGCCCGGUGGAUCUCGGUGACUUGGUUCUCUCAUCGUCACUUGACUGGAGUGUGAGGUUGUGGAAGGUUCGCGCGCCUGCGGCAACUUCCACAGCAGCAGGCGAACCAACGGUUUCACCCCUCAUCGACUUCGUGCGGGAAGAUGUUGUUUACGACGCCCAAUGGUCGCCGAUCAAGCCCAGUGUAUUCGCUCUUGUCGAUGGCGCAGGAUGGCUUGAGCUAUGGGAUAUCACGGUCGAGACCGAGGAGCCUGUCGCAAGAAUAUCGCCAAGCUCUCGCAAGGAUGGUAGAACCAUGUUGGCUAAGAGUUUGAACAAGGUAGUUUGGGAGCCCUCCGAGGGCAAGCGUUUGGCUACGGGAGGUAUCGAUGGAGUGGUGACCGUCUUCGAGGUGACCUCUGGUCUUGGUGGUCGAGAUGAUCUGAAGGCGGAGGAAUGGACGAACGUGAAGAAGCUGGUCAAUAGAGUUGAGGCUCACGGACUGAACGGAGCGAUGGUGUAG